AUGGAGGAGGAGGGUUUGGCUUUUGAUGUCGUGUUUUACUUGUUGGGUCUUGGGGUAUCUCAAGCAAGGAAAGGCAAACUGGAAGAAGCAUAUAACAUCUUUAAGAUGAUUGAAGAUAUAGGGAUGGUUGCCGAUGAACUUCUGUAUGCAACGUUGAUAGAUGGUGCUUGUAGGAAAGGUGAUUUUGAUCUUGUUCUUGAUUUGCUGAGUGACAUGGAUAGGAAGAGGAUUAGUCCGAGUGUUGUUACAUACAAUAUUGUUGUGAAUGGACUGUGCAAAUUUGAGAGAACAUGCGAUGCAGAUGAGUUCUCCAAGGGAGUUGUGGGAGAUGUUGUCACAUACAGUACCUUGUUGCAUGGGUACAUUGGAGAAAAAGAUGUCCAUGGAGUACUUGAUAUAAGGCGGAGGUUCGAAGAAGCUGGAUUUUCAAUGGACAUUGUCAUGUGUAACAUACUAAUUAAGGCGUCAUUCAUGGUGGGAGCAUUUGAAGAUGCUCAUGCACUCUAUAAGAGAAUGGCAAAUAUGAAUUUAACUGCUGAUUCCAUUACGAGAGCUAUGAUUGAUAUUGCCAUUGACGGUUUUCUUGAACUUAUUGAAAAGGAUUUGCCAGCAGACACACACAUUUGUAAGGUAUUGAUUAAGGCAGCUUUUAGAGACCAAAAUGCAGAUGGAGUCUGUAAUUUGGCUGUCAGAAUCAAGAAACUGCCCAAAGAAAUAUAUGAUAAGGAUGACAGAGUUUUAGAUGCAUAUAAGCUACUCAUGGGUGCAAUAGAUCAUGUUCCUAUGGACGUGGUUGAUUAUUCAAUUGUAGUCAAUGGUCUCUGCAAGCGAGGAUAUCUAAACCAGGCACUUGAUCUUUGCUCUUUCAUUAGGAAGAAGGGGAUAGCCCUUAAUGUCGUCUCUUACAAUUCAGUCAUUAAUGGAUUGUGCCGCCAGGGUCGAUUAAUGGAAGCAUUUCGGCUCUGUGAUUCACUAGAGAGAGUUGGUCAGGUUCCAUCUGAGAUCACAUAUGGUACACUAAUUGAUGCUCUAUGCAGAGAGCAAUUUCUAAUUGAUGCUCAACUACUUUUCCAGAAAAUGAUCCUUAAGGGGCUCAAGCCUGGUACUCAUGUUUACAACUCAUUAAUUGAUAGCUAUUCUAAGAUUGGUAUGUUGGACAAUGCAUUGAAGCUUCUCCAUGAAAUGGAGAUGAAAGGCCUUAGGUGGAUGCAUUCACUGUAA